CACGUCAUUUUUGACCUGGCCAAGAAGCAAAACAAACAAAAAUGGGACGACUGUCAUUAUGUAGCGUUGUGGUGGUGUGAUUUUUUGAAAAUACAGACGUUUUUGUGCUGUAUUUUGUCGUUUCAAACAGUCAGUCACUGCGUACUGUUAACAGUUUAAUUUGGACUCUGUGAUGAGCUGCUCGUGUGAAAAUGGAUAGUGAUCUCAGCCCACAGGACAAGAAAGACUUGGAUAAAUUCAUCAAAUUUUUUGCCUUGAAGACAGUGCAAGUCAUAGUUCAAGCACGUCUCGGGGAAAAGAUCAGCACUUGCUCAUCCUCAUCACCAACAGGUUCAGACUGGUUUAAUCUGGCAAUUAAAGACAUCCCCGAGGUGACCCAUGAGGCAAAGAAAGCUCUUGCUGGGCAACUGCCUGGCAUCGGCCGAUCCAUGUGUGUGGAGAUCUCCCUUAAAACAUCAGAGGGGGACUCCAUGGAGCUGGAGACAUGGUGUUUGGAAAUGAAUGAGAAGUGUGAUAAGGACAUUAAGGUGUCCUAUACAGUUUAUAAUCGACUGUCUUUGCUGCUUAAGUCUUUACUGGCCAUCACCAGAGUGACACCUGCUUACAAGCUUUCACGUAAACAAGGCCAUGAUUAUGUCAUACUGUACAGGAUUUAUUUUGGAGAUGUCCAACUGACAGGUCUCGGGGAAGGAUUUCAGACGGUGCGGGUGGGUAUUGUAGGCACUCCAUUAGGCACCAUCACUUUGUCCUGUGCUUACCGCACUAACCUGGCCCUAAUGUCUUCAAGGCAGUUUGAGAGAACAGGUCCCAUUAUGGGUAUCAUCAUUGAUCAUUUUGUUGAGCGUCCCUUCACCAAUAUGGCACACAUGCAUCCCUGCAGCUACAGAGCACCCGGAGAGGAUGAUGGAGGAGCCUAUGCCGGGAUAGAAGACUCACAGGAAGUGUGCACUACGUCCUUUUCCACUUCCCCACCAUCACAGUGUGUGUGCACUGUAAGUCAGGCACAUUUUAAGACACCUAAGCCAGCUCUGAUGGCAACGCUGAAGGUUCCCCUCAUGGGGCUUGGCAUCUCACAGCAACUGUACAGCUCCCGUCUGUCAUAUCAGACUCCACCCCUGGGCACUGUCGAUUUGUGCCACCCUACAGCUUGUACUGCUGCUGCACAUCCUCACCAGAUGGUCGUGCCUGCUAAAGAGGGUGGAGUCCCACAGGUGCCAGCACAGCCAAAUCAUGGCACUGCAGCUGACCAUGGUCGUACCCCAUCAUGUCCUACUAGACAAUCACCACAACCAGCCCCACCCACAUCCUGCAGCAAUGAGGUGAAGACUGGGUCCCCAUCUGAUGCUCCAGAGACGACCUUCACCAGGAAAGUUGGAGCUUUUGUCAACAAAACCACCACUCAGGUGACGAUGACUGGUCUUGAUCUCCCUUUUGCUGCCUUUGCUCCAAGAGCCUAUGACCUGGAGGAGAAUGACCCAAUGGUGCAUCCUCCUCCAUCUCCGGACCCUUCAUCCCCACUGCAAGGCAGUCUGCAUUCAAAUAACUCUAGCCACAGCGGGGGGCAGCCACAAGAUGACUUUGUCAUGGUUGACUUUAAACCUGCGUUCUCUAAGGACGACCUUCUGCCAAUGGACCUGGGCACUUUCUAUAGAGAGUUUCAAAAUCCUCCUCAGCUUGCGAGUCUGUCUAUUGAAGUCAGCGCUCAGUCUAUGGCAGAAGACUUGGACUCGCUUCCAGGGAAACUGGCGAUUUAUGAGAAGAACAUUGACGAGUUUGAUGCUUUUGUGGACACCCUACAGUAGAUCCUUUUAAACCUCUUUACUCUUCUUUUGUUCACAAAUGAAGCAUCUUUCAUUGGAUGUUUUCUUUAAUCAUGUUUUAUGUCAGUUCUACCUUGAGAAAAAACUAUUACAAAAAUCAUCAUUAGGGAAAAAGUGAACAGAGCUUGGUUAAAUAAGAAAUCACCUGUUAAGAUACAAAGAAAAACAU